UAUCCAGGAGUCUUUCGAGUAAUUUUCAAAAUUUGCACUGCCACCCCAAAUUAAAUAUAUAAUUUUUUUUAAAUGGCGGAGCGAGCAAAGGAUAAUGCUGAGGAGGCUGCGGAUUUCGAGACGGCGAUCGCCGAGUGUGGCUUUGGUUUCUUCAACCUGUUCAUCCUGUGCAGCGCGGUGCCCUGCCUCACGGCGAUGGUGUUCUCGGCCUCGGCGCUGUCCUAUGUGAUGCCCUCCGCCGAGUGUGACCUUGACCUGAGCAUCGUGGACAAGGGCAUGCUGCAUGCGGUGACCUAUGCGGGCAUGAUCAUCUCGGCGGUGCCAUGGGGCUUCAUAGCGGACACCAUUGGACGCCGACCCGUCCUCAUUGCGGGCGGCUGGCUUGAUGGCUUCUUCGUCCUGUGCGCUUCCCUCAGCCAGGACACUGCCCAACUGAUGGCCUUCAAGUUCUUCGAUGGAUUCAUCAUCUGCGGUCCAUUUGCGGUCGUGGUCAGCUACCUGGCCGAGUUCCAUGGCAAACAGCACCGGCCUUAUAUCAUGCUGUUUGUGGGUCUGUGUGUUUCCAUUGGAUCGAUGCUCUUACCCCUGCUCGCCUACGUUCUGCUGCCGGUGCCCAUCCUUUUCAAGGUCGCCUCCAUGAAGUUUCGCACCUGGCAGGUCUUCCUGGCGGUCAGCUCGCUGCCCAGUCUGCUCAGCGGUUUGCUGCACAUUUUCCUGCCCGAGAGCCCCAAGUUCCUUAUGUCUCAGGGAAAUUACAAAAAGGCUCUGGACUCCUUCCAGCGCAUCUACAAGCUGAACAAGCGGAAAAGUAGAGACAGCUACCCGAUAAAACGUCUCACCGAUCCCACGCCCGAUCGGUCUGAUGAUCUGGAUAGUACUGGGCGAUCAUCAACACUCAAGGAAAGAUUUAGUCGGGCCAAAAGGAAGUUCCUCGAUGGAAUCAGGCAACUGAAGCCUAUGUUUUCCAAUCCCUAUUUGGCCAUUUCACUGCAGGUGUAUUGCCUGCAUUUCUGUCAGAUUAUGUGUGUUAACUCGGUGCGUCUGUGGCUGCCACAGAUCUUCGCCACGAUGAACGCCAUGGACUCUUUGGGAGCGAAUGAUACGAGUAUGUGCGCCGUUUUGGACCACAAUGCAAAUACAAAGUCCAUGGAUGAGGAGGAGAAGAUGGUGGAGUGCGCUCUACAUCACGACCCGGAUAGCUAUUUGGAUAACAUCAUCGUAGCUGGAAUUGGUCUGGUUGGUUUUCUGAUCAUCUUUCCCUUCAUGCGGUUCCAAGUGGUCGCGAGUCACAUACUGAAGGUGUUCCUAUUCAUCUGCAUUUUCCUGGUGGGCAGCCUGUACUUUGUGAAGACUUCGCUGGUGACGAUGAUAGUUUCCGCCGUUUACCUGACCAUGAUGGGCAUUUGUGCCACUACGAUCAUUGGAAUGUCUGUGGUGAUCUUUCCCACCCUCAUGAGGACAAUGGUUUUGCUACUGAUCAUGACCUUCGGAAGACUUGGAUCUGUAAGUGGCAAUAUGUUGCUGCCGAUUUUCAUGCAACUUAGCUGCCUGGCUCCGUUUCUCUGGCUUUGCUCACUGAUGUCAAUUGCCUUUCUGUUUUCGCUGUUCUUGAAAGUCGACGAUCAGCAAUCGCUUAACUAACCUAUCAUACAUUUGGUCCUGGUUGUAAUUAAUUGCCUCGCUGUCGAUGAAUUCUGGGAGA